AUGGCCGCUCUAUCAAACCUCGCAUCUGAAGCCGACGGCAGGGCUGCUAUUAUGGAGGAUGAAGAUGAUGGCUUGGGGGCUCUGGUGGAGGUUCUGGAGACAGGUACACCAAGGGGGAGGGAGUUUGCAGUUGCGGCAUUAUGGCAGAUUGCAAGCAACAAUGAGGAGCACAGGAGGUUGAUUCUUGCAGAGGCGCUGCUGCCUUCGGUCAAUGGUCUACUACAGACUGGCACUCCGAGGGCUAAAGAGAAGGCGAAAUUGCUGUUGGCUAAUCUCCGUGGAUCAUAA